AUGGACGUCCGAGCGCCGGAAGUCCCUUGCGGGGACGUGCUGCAGAACGCGGCAGAAAAUCUACUUCAGGAGCUUGAAGAACACUUCCGAGCUCUGACUACAACAUUAAACCUCAGAGUAGAGGAAAUGGGAAAUCGCAUCAAGGACUUACAGAAAAACGUUGAUGACCUAAUGGUUCAAGCUGGAAUAGAGAAUCCGAUCAAAGAACAAAUGUACUAA